AAUACUGCUUUUACUAUACAUAUUUUCAAUUGUUAUUUCAUCGAUUCUCGACUGGACACGAAAGUAGCAGACGGAACCACGAAAAAAUAUCCCCGGAACAACACAUCAACAUGGCGCAUCUUAUUGGCUUGAGCAGCGUAAACCCACCGUUGACGGCUUCAGAACGAGCUCAGAGAUCAGUAUUUGUUGGCAAUAUACCCUAUGAUGCUACAGAGGAGCAGCUCAAAGAAAUUUUUAAUCAAGUUGGACCAGUCGUCAGUUUCAGGUUGGUGUAUGACAGAGAAACUGGCAAACCAAAGGGUUAUGGAUUCUGUGAGUAUCAGGACCAAGAAACAGCCCAGAGUGCCAUGCGCAACCUCAACAAUCAUGACUUUAAUGGACGGCCACUCCGUGUAGGGUUUGCAGCUGGAGAACAGAGCAAAGAAGAAAUGAAAGGGAUGCAGCAGGCAGUGGGCGGCAUGGUACUUGAGUCCCCAUAUGGUGAUCCAGUGGAACCAGAAAAAGCACCUGAAGCUAUUUCAAAAGCUGUAGCCAGUUUGCCACCUGAACAGAUGUUUGAACUAAUGAAACAAAUGAAACUUUGCAUCCAAAACAACCCCAAUGAGGCAAGGAACAUGCUUCUUCAGAAUCCACAGCUAGCCUAUGCUUUGCUGCAGGCUCAGAUUGUAAUGAAGAUUGUUGAUCCUCAAGUUGCAAUGGCCAUGCUAUAUCGAGAUGACAGCUUGCCUCUUGCACCAGUAACACAACAGUCACCACAUAUUACACCACCUUCUUCAUCCAGAAUUCCUGCACCUGCCCCCUCUGUUCCUGCAAUGCCAGCUGCACCAGUUCGAACAUUUCCUGCAGCAGGUGCCUCAGCUUUGCCAAUGGCUACUCCCAUAGGCGGUCCAUUGAGGCCAGAACUAAGGGAUCCCCGUAGUGCUAUGCCUGCUGCUGUACCUCCUCGCCCUGGCGUUCAGAUUCCUACUGGACCUAUGCCAAAUGUGCAAGACCCGAUGAUAUCAGCUCAAGACCAGGAAAAGGCAGCACUUAUCAUGCAGGUGCUUCAGCUUACUGACCAGCAGAUUGCCAUGCUGCCUCCCGAUCAGCGCCAGUCCAUCUUAAUUCUUAAGGAGCAGAUAUCAAAGAAUUAAUAGCUCUCCUUACUGUUCAUCAUAUUAGCAUUGUGACAGUUAAAAGUUUUUUCAUGAUCAGCAGCUAUAACCUUGAUCUUUGUAACAUCAACACGUAACAGACAUGCUGUAUUUAACUAUGCUGCCAUGUUUGUGUAUUUACAUGUUAAAAGUGUUAUAUUUACAAUGUGUUAGCUUUGCUGCUGGUAACUCAUAUUACUGAUGUAUGCUUCAUAAUCACCAAUCUGAUCGUAUUAAAUCUUUUCCAUGAAUGUCA